GCAGCAUGGAAGCUGUUGAUCUUGACCACCAGUCACAGUCACGAGUUCGUAUGUUUUGGUUUUGACAAACAAUCGAAUCCUUUCUUUGCUGAUGACGCUCGACGCUCAGACUCGAGACUCUGGCUUCCUUCAUCCAUCAGCCAACAAGAGCGAACAAAGUCAGUAAAUCAUCAAAAAGCCUUGCAUUAAGCGAGAGAACCUUGAACACUGGCAAGGCAAGGCAAAGCCAUCCCCAACGAUGACCUCUUCUCGAGCCGCGCUGCCCCUCUCUGGGCUCAAGGUGGUGGAGUUUGCAGGAUUAGCGCCAGGUCCGAUGGUCGGUCUGAUCCUCGCUGAUUUCGGUGCCACAGUGAUCCGAAUCGACAAGGUGAACGCCUCUUUCAAUCCCGAUUCCCUCGUUCGAGGCAAGAAGAGCGUAGCGUUGGAUCCCAAGAACAAGCAUGGUCUGCGCGCGAUCAGAAGAUUGUUGAGCCGGACGGAUGUGGUGGUGGAUCCUUUUAGACCCGGAGUGCUGGAGAGGUUGGGCUUGGGACCGGAGGAUGUGAGGCAAGGAAGAGAGGGAUGUGGCGCGAAUGAAGGCUGCGUAUUUGCCAGAUUGACUGGCUUUCAGAGGCAAGGCCCGUACGCGAGCAUGGCAGGUCACGACAUCAACUACAUUGCCCUCUCUGGUCUGCUGUCGAUGCUGGGCAACGAAGCUGGCGAGCGCUCCAAAUCUGGCAAGGGCCAAGUGGUGGAGUCGGACAUGGUGACGGGAGCUCGAUAUCUGAGCUCCUUUUUGCUCAUCAGCAGUUAUCUGAGUCACCCAGAGUGGGGAAGCGUGGCGGCAGAUGGAACAGAGGGCAGCAGAGGGACGGGCGCAUUGACGGGUGGAGCUCCGUGGUACGCCGUGUACAAGUGCAGAGAUGGCAAGUGGUUCAGCGUCGGAGCAAUCGAGCCCCCUUUUUACGCAGAGCUGCUUCGCAUUCUGAAAGAGUCGACGCCGAGCGCUCCAACGCGCGAUGGCCAUCCUUCCGUCUCGACGCAAAACGAUCGAACGACCUGGCCCUCACUUCGAGCAUAUCUCACCAGCGUCUUUGCGACGCAGACGCGCGAGUAUUGGACCUCCAAGUUCGUCGGUACAGAUGCUUGCGCCGUGCCGGUCUUGACGCGAGACGAGUCGCUGUCUGCUGUUCAGCCCGUCGUAGCUGCGGAAAUAGCCGCGUCGGGCGAACCGGUGGUGCCUCAACCCGCUCCUCGUCUGAGCCGCACACCAGCCAUCGCGCCCAAAGGAUCGGAGCAUAAUGUGCAGGACGAAUCGCCGGACCUUUUGCUUCAGCCAGGCGAACAUACCGCCAGCGUGCUCAGGGAAUGGAUAGGUGUGGAUGCGGCAGAAUUUGAGAGGCUAGUAGAGUGCGGCGCGGCCUCGGGUGAGGCGGAGGAAGAGGAGGAGCAGCAAGUCAAAGCGAAGUUGUAGCAAGGCUGCAGAGGGCAAUCUCCACGCAAAAAGUCAACCCCCCUUUCCCACUUGAUCUUCUUGAGCUCCUUGCUUCCUGAAUAUGAUCCGAGUCAAUUUUUCAUGACGGCUUGUCGCUGGCGCACGGCACGUUUUGGGUGGCGGGGGAAG